AUGGCCGAAACCAAACAGCCAGAGGGAUUAUCUAUCCUCAACCCAUUCCCUGCCAGCAUAGCAGGGCCGGAUCUCUUACAUGACUUGGUCGAAUCCAAAACCGGCACAGCGAUAGAGUUCUUUUCGAGAUCGGGGAAGAGCUGCACUCUAUCGUAUGUUGAACUACAUGCUGCAGCCGAAGUCCUAGCACGGCGCAUCGUCAACAGUCUACAAGGACGUGAAGACUCCGACCAACCACAACCAAAGUCGUUCAUCGUGCCACUGCUCAUUCCACAGUCGCCGGCAUUGUAUGUAGCCCAGCUCGCCAUUCUCAAGGCCGGCGGUGCUUUCUGCCCGCUCAAUUUAGAUGCUCCGCAGGAGAGGAUCAAGUUCAUCCUCAACGAUGUGGAUGCACGAGUCGCUCUCUGCAGCUCAGAACUGGCAGAGAGAAUCCCCGGUGGCAAUGACAAAGUCAAAGUUCUAAUUCUGGACAACCUCCUACCCACAACAACACCAUCGACAGGCUCUGACCCCAGCAGAAAGCCUGGGCCCAUCACUUUCUCUCAGCCAUCACCAGAAUCUUUGGCGUACGUCAUGUACACGUCCGGGUCGACUGGGACACCAAAGGGCGUUGGAAUCUCCCACCGGGCAGCUACGCAGGCACUUCUUGCCCAUGACCGGCACAUACCGAGCUUCAAGCGCUUUCUGCAAUUCGCCGCACCCACCUUUGAUGUCUCGGUCUUUGAGAUAUUCUUUCCCCUCAUGCGAGGUAGCACCCUGGUCUGUUGUGACCGCGGGGAGAUGCUAGCGGAUCUUCCUGGAACGAUCACAGGAGCUGACAUCGACGCAUGUGAGCUGACACCGUCAGUUGCAGGCAGUCUGCUAAGAACCCGGGAUGCAGCGCCAUGUCUCAGGUUACUGUUGACCAUCGGCGAAAUGCUCACAGAACCAGUCGUGAAGGAGUUUGGGGGCGACACGAUUGAGGACAGCAUGCUUUGGGGCAUGUACGGCCCUACCGAGGCAACCAUUCACUGUACACUACAACCAGCCUUUCUCAAGAAGAAAAGCCGCAAGAACAUUGGCUUCCCUCUCGACAACGUCUCUGCAUUCAUCAUCGAUGCAGAUCCGUCACGGCCUUUUGAGGUCCUCCCCUUCGGCCAAGCUGGUGAGCUUGUGGUAGGAGGCACUCAGCUUGCUGUCGGCUAUGUGCAGAGACCAGAGCAGACGGCCUCGGUGUUCAUCGAUUCCCCGUACGGGAGAGUCUAUCGGACGGGAGACAAGGCCAUAAUGGCUGGUGACGGCACGAUCGAGUGCCUCGGGCGGCUCAACGACACGCAAGUAAAGCUGAACGGGCAACGCAUGGAACUCGGCGAGGUCGAGCAAGUCGUGCUCGGCACGCCUGGCUGCCAUAGUGCGGUAGCUGCCAUCAUCUCAAACACCCUUGUGGCGUUCGCCGCUGUGGAAGAUACGGCGUCAGCGGAGCAAGAGAUCGCGGACCGCUGCAAAGCAUGGCUCCCUGCUUUCAUGGUGCCUGCCGAGAUCCGAGUGACGAACGACUUCCCUCGCCUGCCUUCCGGCAAAGUUGAUCGCAAGAAGUUGGUUGCGGACUACGAGGCUCGCGAGAGGGAGAGCGAAGCCACGGAAGAGCAAUACGCAGACGAUGUGGAGAGAAAGAUCUGUCGUGUGGCAGAAGACAUACUUGGUCGCCAGAUUCGACCUGCAUCAAGGAUUGCUUCAGCAGGCAUUGACUCUCUCGUCGCCAUUGAGUAUGCCUCUGGACUUCGCCGAUCUGGAAUCGACGUCAGUGUCAUUGACAUCCUGGAGAGUGCAACAAUACACCAUCUCAACAACACAUUGAAGCAUCGUCUGCAGAGACAGGUGAAGCCGACAAACCACGACAGACAAGGAUCUGCUGAGACCGAUCUUUCGAGAACACCACCGCUGUUAUAUGGAGAGUCACUAGGUAGCGAGGACACAAAUCGUGUCGCGAGCGUCGCUCCGUGUACCUUGCUCCAGCAGUCCAUGAUCAGCGAGACGCUGCAAGACCCACGUCUGUACGUCAAUGAGUUGCGCAUUGGAUUUCCCGCUGGUACAUCGCCUGAAUCAAUCCAAGAGUGGUUCUGUACCAUUUGCGACUACAAUCGGAUUCUUCAAUCAGGGUUUGUACAUGGGAAAAAGGAUCUGUGCAACGUAAUUUGGGAUACGGUCCACAAGGGCCAGAUCCAGAUUGUGGAUGAGUUCAACCAGGUCGAUCUCAAUGAUAUUGAGAAAUUCUUGCGGCGUCCACUUGAAGUGCAAAUCUUGGGCGAUCCGUCCAGCGCAUCAGAAGGUCCCCUUGCGAAGGUCACAAUUCACCAUGCAAUUUACGACGGAUGGACAUCGGACCUUCUGCUGCAACAGCUGAACCAUCUCUACCGUGGCGAUCCGCUACCGUCUGUAUCACAGUUUCACAACAUCGUGCAAGAUUGCGAGGGUCUGAAGCUCGAGGGCUCCAUGGACGCGAAGGAAUAUUGGGCAGAGCAAUUGCGCGCAAGCACGCUGAACGGCCUGCCGAACUUCCGCACAAGACCAGUCAAGCAACCCCAAAUAUCCACAAAACGCACAAAUCUCAGUGCUUCCCUGCAAAAGGUCAGAGACGCAGGCGCGCGGUUAUCCUUGAGCCAUCAGGUUGUCUUUCAGGCGGCCCUUGCGUGGCUUUGGUCGAGCAUAGUGGGAGCCGACGACGUCAUCAUUGGCUCGGUAUUCUCGGGCCGUACCCUCCCUGUGGCCGGGAUCGAGAGCGCCAUGGGUCCUUUCAUGGCAACCUUGCCAUUGAGGGUGCAGAUUGGUCACUUUGGGAGUGUUGCGGAACUCCUGCAGGUGAUCCAAGCGAGCAACAGGAAUUCACUGCGGCACGGGGGACUGCCGCUGUCAGAAAUCAAAAAGGCAGCCGGGAUACCGCCACGGUCCAAGAUUUUCGAUGUCAUAUUCGCGUACCAGGAAUCACUCUUGAGCCGAAAGACUGAGAGCAGCGAAGUUCGCGAGAUCAACCACAAAGAUGCGGUGGAAGCAAAGCUUCUCGUUGAGGUUCAGCCGGUCGGUGACGGGUUUAUGUGCCAGAUGACCUGGCAUGAUGAUGUCUUUAACAGAGAGUUGAUUGAGUGCUUCAUUCAACAGUUUGAGAGCAUUGUGAAUCACUUCCUAGACUUUCCGGACAGCCCUCUCAACAGCGUUCAAGGAUGUUUUCCGGCUGCUGCGUUGUCCACAUUCAACCCGAAUCCUAAAGUUCUAGACGUACUUCCGAGUCUUGCCAGGCUCGUGGAGAAUACCGUGGAGCAUCAUCCGGAUAACAUCGCGAUCCAAUUUGCUGAGUCCAUCGACGGCGACCAGAUACGAUUGAAGAGCCUGAGCUACGCGGAACUAAAUAGUCAAGCCAACCAGAUCGCCAGGCAUCUUCAGAGCUGUGGUGUCAAGCCUGGAGACGUGGUAGCCAUUGUCAUGGAAAAGUCAUCCUUGCUUUACUGUAGCAUCUUGGCUAUCCUCAAGACUGGCAGCGCAUACCUCCCGAUGCUUCCCAGCACGCCAAUGCUGAGGAAGCAGAGGAUCAUCGAACAAGCCGUGCCUCGAGUUUGCUUGACCAGCAAGGGCCUUCGAUCCGAGCUCACCGCAGGACAUAUCAAGAACGUUGUAGAGGUCGAUCCCGGCCGCUUGUCCCACUAUCCAACGUCGAAUCUUGACAUUCAAUACGACCGCAAUGACCUCGCCUAUGUGAUCUACACAAGUGGCACAACAGGCGUUCCGAAGGGCGUGGCGGUAACAAAUCGGAACAUGCUGAGCAAUAUCAAGGCUUUAUCUGCAAUGUAUCCCCACGAACCGUCCUCAAGAAUGCUCCAGGCUUGCUCACAAGCUUUCGACGUUUCCGUCUUUGAGAUAUUCUUCGCGUGGGCCAACGGGAUGUGCCUGUGCUCUGCGACCAACGACACUCUCUUUGGCAACCUCAGCCACGCAGUGAACCUGCUGCGCGUGUCACAUUUGAGCAUGACAGUCACCGUCGCCUCUCUCCUUCAUCCCGAUGACGUUCCGACGGUCGAAUUCCUAGUCACAUCCGGUGAGGCCAUGACAGACGAAGUGCUCGCAAAAUGGUCUAGGCAGCUGUGGCAAGGCUAUGGUCCUUCCGAGACAACCAAUAUCUGCACUGUCCGCAAAGUACAAAAGGGAGAUUCUUCGCAAUUUCUCGGCUGGGCGUUUAUGAAUACGUCAACAUUUGUCUGUCAUCCUGGCACAAGCGAGUUGGUGCCGAUCGGCUGCGUGGGCGAGUUCUGCUUUGGUGGCGAUCAAGUAGCUGCUGGGUACCUUCAGAUGCCUGAGCUAACGGCGGAAAAGUUCUUUGACCACCCGAAGUUUGGGCGGCUCUACCGCUCAGGUGAUCGCGGCCGCAUGCUACCAGACGGUUCCCUAAUCAUCCUUGGUCGCAUCGACACUCAGAUCAAGCUCCGCGGUCUGCGUAUUGAACUGCAGGAGAUCCAGAGGGUGGUUCUCCAGACUGGCCUCGCGAAGACAUGCGAGGUUGUUGUUGUCAAGCAGCCGGGAAAAAAUAUAGAACAACUAGCUCUGUUCUAUGCCCCCUCGGACGAAGGCGCCGCCGAGUUCAGGAUUCUGCCCCUGCAGGCAGGUCUCGUUGAGGCAAGACGUACGAUACAGCAAGAGAUGGAGGCCGCGCUGCCAGAUUACAUGAUUCCCACGUUCAGCAUCCCGAUUUCCACAUUGCCCAGAACGUCAUCCGGCAAGGUCGACCGCCAGCACCUCAGAACAACCGUGGAGUCGCUUUCAGAAGCGGAUGCAGCGUCCUACAGUGCUCAAGCGGAGCUACAAAGGACGCCCUCGGAAUGGACCGAGGUUGAGAGACUCGUCGCCCAGGCUGCUGCGGACACUGCCAAUGUCGAUGUCAAGACAAUAACACAGUGGAGUUCCUUCGCCACGCUAGGCAUCGACUCAAUUCUGGCAAUGACUCUGGCUCGAAACAUCCAAGCUGUGUCACAGCGACGUGUGCCAUUGUCUUUGAUACUGAAGAAUGCAAGCGUCGGCAGACUGGCAGCUGUGCUUGGCACGCCCAUAACUCAAGGGCGUGACGAUCAAACUCAGGGACAUGGUCUGAGUCCAGCUAGAGAUCUCCUCCCUCUUGGGCUCGUCGAGGCUGUCAAACAGAAGAUUGGGUCGCGGUGGGGAGACAUCGAGUGUAUCCUUCCAUGCACACCGUUGCAGGAGGGUAUGCUCUUCUCUCAUGCCGAUUCGAGCUCCGGCAGUUCGUACUGUAACAUAAUGCUCUUCAAGUUGCAAGUCUCUGCUCAAGAGAUGCUCUCCCACUGGAAACGAGCCAUUGGAAGGCACGGCAUUCUGCGCACAUGUUUCGCCAGCACUGACAGCAUCUCGAAUGCCGUUGUGCAACUCGUUCUAUCGUCAUCUGAGCUGCCGUGCAAGCACUUUGAGUCUGUCAGCCUCCAACAGACGAUCAAAGAAAUUGAGCAGCUUCUUUCGCCUCCUGUGGAUUCGGGCAAGCCGCCCGUGUUUCUUGCCUCAAUCCAAACAGAGAAUAACGUCACUUACCUCUGCUUCGCAUGUCACCAUGCUUUGUACGAUGGAAUAUCCAUGAAGACUCUGUUGGCAGAGAUCGAGACUCUGGCGAUGGGAGGCUCUUUGCCGGCUCCAGUGCCUUUCGAGCGAUUCCUAGCGGAUGCGCUUGCACCUGUUCCCGGUGCAGACGAGUUUUGGAAGGAGCAAUUCGACGGCUUCGUGCCGUCUCUGCUCGAGCCCGAAACAAGUGGCAACGAGUCAGCGCCAACCACUAUUUUUGCCCAUGACGUGUUCCACUUAGUUAUGGCUGGGUGUAUCGAACAUCCCUACUCGCACAUCAUCACAAGAACAGACUUGCCCAAAGAGUUGCAAACUCGCUGUGGAGCACUGCACUUCCAAAGCCCGGCGCACUGGACAAACCAAACCACAAAUGUCGAGAACGAGACUUCUCAGUGGUCGCCAGCCGAGCGUAUCGUGCGCUCUGCGGUCGCACGACUGGUCAACCUGCCAGAGAGUCGCAUUGCGAGAGAAAAGCCGCUGUUCCACUACGGCGUGGAUAGUAUUGGCAUUGUGCAGAUUGUCGGGAUGCUGAAGAACAGCUCGCUGCAGGUCUCAGUUGCGGAUGUUAUGGAGAGCCCAACCUGUGCCAAGAUCGCUGCGCAAGCUGUCAACACCACGAGCCAGAGCGUCCAUGAUACUCAGCCAGAAUUCGAUUUCGACACAUUCAGAGAAGAAGUCAAAGAUCAAAUCGAGAAGGCAGAAGAGAUGGAGGAUAUACUCCCUUGCACCCCGAUCCAACAGGCCAUGCUGUCACAGUCUGCUACGUCAGACGAGAGGCUCUAUUUCAACUACGUCAGCUGGGAGCUUGAUGUUGGGGUUGAUGCACAGAGAGUCGUCGACGCAUGGAAAGAGCUCCGGAAGGCACACCAGAUCCUGAGGACCGGCUUCGUCCCUGUCAACAACGCGAAAGCUUCGUACGCAAUGGUCGUGCAUCCCGCCAGCGCGGUCUCAGGCUCUCAAGAGGAGCAGCAAAUCCAAUUACACACAGAUCUCGACAUAGACACAUGGCGGAAGAUCUCAGCAGGCGUGGUGUUCAAUGCCCUUUCAAGCCCACCUUGGUGCGUUGCCAUUGUUACACGGCAGUUGGAGCCAACAACGAUGAAUCUCGCAAUGCACCAUGCACUCUACGAUGCACAUUCACUUCAAAAGAUCUUGAACAGCUUGGCUAAAGCCCUGCGCAAGGAUGUAGACAUCCCACAGCAGAAAAUUCGGCCGGCACUCUCGAGGAUCAUGGCGACCUCGGAGGAUAAUUCCGGAUUCUGGAAGAACAAGGCAUCAGAAGUUGUCGUUAAUAAAUUUCCGACCAUGACGCCACUAGUCGAGCCUCGUGGCAUAUCGGCCAUUUCCAAGACGUCUCAGUUGGGCCUGUCGGAUGUGAAGGGCAAAGCCGCGGACCUUGGUGUUUCUGUUCAAGCAGCGCUGCAAGUUGCAUGGACUCGGCUCCUGUCCGCAUACCUUGGCGAGCCUAAUGUUACUUUCGGCGUCGUUUUUGCUGGCCGAUCUAGCGAUGUCGAUCUCGGUGCGGUCUUCCCCAUGAUCACGACCUUACCAGUCGUCGGCAGUGUCACUGACACGGUCCCGAGCCAGCUACAAAGUAUGAUGCAGUACAACGCGGGGCUACUUCGUCACUACAGGACUCCUCUGUCAGCAAUCCAGAACUGGUUGGGGAGACCAGCCGAGGCACUAUUCGACACGAUACUUGUCUAUCAAGUCUCGGCGACAGAAGAGGAGCGGCAACCUUGGAAUGUAUUGGACGAACGCGCCUCAGUCGAAUACACCGUGUCCCUCGAGAUCGAAGAGUCAGCGAGGGGUCUCCGCUUCAAUCUUGUGUUUGACACGAGCGUCCUUCCAUCUGCCCAGGCGGAGGUGCUGCUUUCUCAGUUCGACGCCUUGCUUGGUGACACUUUAAGGGCUGCCAAGCAGUCCUCAGCAUUGACUUCAUCUCCUUCACUGAGCACGGAAGUCUUAUCCAUCCUGCCAGCCGCGAAACCCACAAUGCCCUGCGAUGACGAACUGCUGCAUCGUAUGAUGGAAUCUUCAUCACGUAGAAACCCCGAAGCAGUUGCGCUUGAGUUCGUUGAAGAACUCAAAAACGCAGAACGCACGCGCCAGUGGACAUAUGCCGAGCUUGACAGUGCUGGCAACCGCGUCGCGAACUUCCUCUCGUCUAAGAACGUGCCUCAAGGCAGUAUCGUCGCUGUGUGCUUCAAUAAAGUCCCAGAGGCGUACUUUAGCAUCCUCGGCAUUCUGAAGGCUGGGUGCUGUUUCCUAGCGCUUGACACGACGGCGCCAGCGACAAGGCAGGAGUUCAUUCUCAAGGACUCCAAUGCGGCAUGUCUGAUUGUCGAGGACAUGAUAUUCGCUGGACUUGGAUUCGAGUCUCCAGUGCCUGUUUACGCCAUGUCUUCAGAAACGAUCAGUCAUUCAUCUGGGGCCACAUCACCGCUCGCCAGGGCAGUUUCUCCUUCAGACCCAUGCUAUUGUCUCUACACCAGUGGCACAACUGGCACGCCAAAAGGUUGCUUGAUUAGCCACGAGAAUACCGUGCAGGCCAUGUUGGCUUUCACGGAGCUAUUUAGCGGCCACUGGACAGAGAAGUCACGAUGGCUACAGUUUGCAUCCUUCCACUUUGAUGUAUCUGUCCUGGAGCAAUACUGGUCCUGGCAUGUGGGCAUUACUGUAGUGUCGGCGCCACGAGACCUGAUUUUGAGCAACCUGAUUGACACCAUUUCACAGCUCAAGAUCACACAUAUCGAUCUGACACCAAGUCUCGCACGAUUGGUCCACCCUGACGAUGUUCCCAGUCUCUGCGAAGGAGUGUUCAUCACUGGUGGCGAGCAGUUGCGCCAAGAUGUGCUGGAAGCCUGGGGGCCGCAACAAGUCAUCUACAACGCGUACGGUCCGACAGAGGCCACCAUUGGUGUGACCAUGUUCCAGAGAGUGCCCGCUAAUGGGAGGCCAGCCAACAUUGGCCGGCAGUUCCCCAACGUGGGUUCUUUUGUCCUCAAGCCCGGAACCGACGAACCCGUUCUCCGGGGUGCCGUUGGUGAGCUCUGCGUGUCGGGAAAACUUGUCGGCAUAGGCUACUUGAAUCGGCCUGAACUCACUGCCGAACGGUUCGCCUACCUUGAGAGGUUUGAUGAAAGAGUCUACCGGACGGGCGAUCUUGUCAGGGUCCUGCACGACGGCUCUUUCGACUUCUUAGGCCGUGCGGACGACCAAGUCAAGCUGCGAGGGCAGAGGCUAGAGAUUGGCGAGAUCAACCAUGCCAUCAAGUCGGGCCUUCCCUACCCUGCAGAUGUCGCAACGCUCGUGGCCAAACAUGGCGGCCAGCAAGACCGCGACCUCCUAGUCUCUUUCAUUACCAUUAGCGCGGACCGCGAUACCAAAGACGAGCUCAAGGUCCACAGGGACACUCACGCGUUCGAGAUGUCAGUGAUGGCUCAGAAUGCUUGCAAAGGACAAUUAUCAGGGUAUAUGGUACCAAGCUACGUCCUUUGUGUCCCCUGGAUUCCGUUGUCUGCCAACAACAAGGCCGACAUCAAGAGGCUGAAGACCUUGUUUCAGGAACUCUCCCUGGAGGAUCUGCGACAGAUCGCUUCAGGCACUAAGAGUGCGCAGCGGGCUCUGAAUUCUACAGAGACGAGGGUCGCAAGUAUUGUGUCCGACAUCACUGGAGUUGACCUGUCAGACAUCACCCACUCGUCCACGAUUCUGGAACUUGGCAUCGACUCAAUAUCUGUGACGAGGCUCUCUCGCGCGCUUCAGUCUGCAGGCUUCGAUCGUGCUGCCCCGCCGGUGCUCCUGAAGAAUGGACAGAUAGAACACAUUGCUGGCCUGCAGAGCGGAGGUACCCAGAGCGCACCCAAGACAGGGUCGUCAGAGACCGAGCAGCUAUUCCAAGCCUGUUAUCUGCAGAAUCUUGGUAUCACAUGUGAGACUCUAGGUGUCGAGGAAGACAAUAUUGAGUACAUUGUCCCCUGUACGCCUCUUCAAGAGGGCAUGAUUGCGAGAGCGCGAUCGCGUGCGGGCGGUUCCAGACCUUACUUCAACCAAUUCGAGGUCAAGGUCCGGCCAGAUGUCUCUAAGGCACGCCUCCGUGCUGCCUGGACCCAACUUCAAGAGGCGUCCGCCAUCUUACGGACAGCUUUCCUACAGACCAGUGAAGGCGUUGUCCAGGUCGCCUUGAAGCAUCAAGCCUUGCGCUGGGCAGAGGUGACGAGUACUUACAAGAGUUUGGAUGAGCUGAUUGCUAAGCGACACGCUGAAUGGGUCAGAGCAAAUGAGCCGACGAUCGCCCAUCCGUUUGAGAUUGAUUACAUCACCUUCGAUGACCAAAGCGUGCUUGUGAUCCGAAUAUUUCAUGCCUUGUACGACGCACACAGCUUGAAACUCAUGUUUGAGCGUGUAGCUGCAUCUGUGGAGGGAAAUCUUAUUGAUACGGGAGCAACUUUCCACGACGCGCUUCAGGCCGGGCCACUUUCUUCGGGCCCAACCUCUCAGCCCUUCUGGACAGGCUUGUUUCAAGGUUGGCAGGCAAAACCCCUUGCUAUCGCACCAGAAUCCGUAUGCCAAGAGGCAGCAGUUAUAUCAAGGAGAUUGAAAAUCGAUGGCUUUGAGGGAAGGCGAAAAGGUCUGGGCGUCACACACCAGACGAUGGUCCAAACCGCGUGGUUGGUCGCCCUUCAACAUUACCUUCAAGCACAGCCUUGCUUUGGGAUAGUCUACUCCGGAAGAUCCAUCGAUCUCGCAGGGGCAGACAACGUGAUUGGCCCUCUCUUCAAUACUCUCCCGUUUACGACUCAAAUCGGAAGCGACACGACAUGGGAUGGGCUGGCACGACAGGUUCAAGAGUUCAACGCUACAGUGCUCGAAUUCGUUCACACGCCAUUGAGGAGUAUCCAGAAGUGGUGCUCGAAUGGACGGCCCCUGUUUGACUCCCUGUUCACCUUCGACAGGGAAGAUAUAAUCAAGUCCAAGGGUGACGACCUAUGGGAAAUCUCAGCAGGCUCUGCAGCUCCAGACUACAAUCUGGCACUUGAAGCACUCCUCACACGCGAUGGUCACGUCGGUAUCACAAUCGUUGCGCAGCCGCAGACUGCUGACCAUGCUGCCGUGACGCACAUGCUUGACAGUCUGGAGAGCAACCUGCAGGCUCUGGUCACUUCUGACAAGGACACCCCAGUGCUGACGCGAAUGUCAAUCUUCGAUGGCCUCCAGGAGGAUGGUGCCUCUCGUGGGUCCAGGACCACCGGGGACCCCUCCCCUCGUUCUGUGUCACCAUCUACGUCCUCGGUCUCUACAUGGCCUGAGCAGGAUCAUCGCCUCCGGCAUGAGAUCGCCUUGAUAGCGGGUGUCAAUGAUGAAGAGGUUCUCCCUGGGAUGACCAUUUUCGAUUUUGGCCUUGACAGCAUCGAUGCCAUUCGUCUAGCUUCCAAGGCUGCUUCUUUCGGCUACCGCAUUUCCCCUGGCGAUUUGUUGAGAGGCAUGGCCAUCGACGGCAUACUCCUCACCGAAAGCACCUCUUUGAACUCGACCUCUACUGAAGACCCCAGCUCCACGGCACUCGAAAUCAUCAUCGCUAAGCUGAAGCGUAACCUGGAGCAGACAGGGCACGACUUGACGGAUGUUGAAGCAGUCCUUCCCACCACGCCAUUGCAAGACUCCAUGGUUGCCGAAAUGGUUCAUUCCGACUUCAAGCGGUACUUCAAUCAGGAAGUGUUUAGGAUUCCAGCUCAUGUCGACAUACACCGGCUGAAAUCCGCGUGGGAAGACGUCUACGAUAAGUCGCCCAUCCUCAGAACGACCUUCGCCGAGGUCGAUAGUCCCGAUGUAGUAUCCGCAUAUUGCCAGGUUGUCAAGAGGACCCCUCUCCCGGUUCAAGAGAUCCGAAUGGCUUCCGUAAAAGAUCUUGGUACCGCCUUGGACCAUAUUCGUGAAGAAGUCACCAACCAAGGUGGUGCCACAGGACUGUUCCGGCUUACAAUCUGCCACACUGGCAAUGACACCCAUGUCAUCGUCUCAGUGUCCCACGCUUUGUACGACGGGCAAUCUCUGAGCAUGAUAUACAACGAUGUCACGGCCUCUUAUCGAGGAAGUCAUGUUGACCGGCCAGACUACAAACCGCACCUCGCACGUCUUGUCUCGACCAAGCCUGAAGCAGCCGACCGUUUCUGGUCGAACUUUCUUCAUGAUUUACAACCAACAGCUCUGCCGGCCUUGCACGAUGAAGACGCAGUGGUUCGUCAGGUAUAUCGGCAAGAGCUUCCUUCCCGCUGUGAUGCUGCAGCUCUGAGGACAGCAUGCAGAAAGUUGGCUAUCACACCCCAGGUUCUAGCACAAGCAUCCUGGGCUGUGGUCUUGUCAGGCAUGGCUCAAUGCCUAGAGUCGACCUUCGGCCUUGUCCUCUCAGGUAGAGACACGGACAUGGCGCAGCAGAUGAAUUUUCCGACCAUGAACACUGUGGCCAUGCGGGUCGUCCUUCGAGGCUCCGUCAAAGGCUUCCUCCGUCAGCUGCAGACUACCAUGUCGCACAUCAUGGAGCACCAGCACACUCCACUCCGCCAGAUACAGAAGCUCGCACAGAGAAACGGGCAGCCACUAUUCAACACGUUGUUUGUGUUUCAAGUGGCUGCCGAGUCUAGCUCGGAACCUCCGCCUUUGAUGGAACCAGUUCAAGGCUCUUCGGCCGUUGAAUAUCCCAUCUGUGUCGAAUUUGAGCUGACCGAGCCACAUCCGGUUUGGCGUGUGGCGUGCGAUUCUCAUUAUGCAUCCGAAGAGUCCGCCAGCCGCAUCAUCAGGGAACUGGAUCAGGUCAUGCAGUUCUUCUGCCAGGAGUCCAGCGAACAGGACUUGCUCAGGACGCAGGCCGGGAGCGAGGAGGUCCUCGUGUGCGGUCUGAAAGGCUUCAUCCCCAGGCACACCUCGGUCAAGUCUACAUCAGUCUCAAGCCAAGCCGCCAGACAAUCCUCGGAGAGACGAGGAGAAGAGGAAUCUUCCGCCAAGAGAUUGAACUCCGAUCUGCUUGCGGUCAUCAGGGAGAUUUCGGGCGCUGAAGCAGGCUCGGUCCAAGGAAAUGAUCACGUUACAUCCUAUCUAGACUCGAUCAGCGCGAUCAAGGCUUGCGCCCUCUUACGAAAGCGCGGCAUCUCCCUUACGGUGCGCCAGAUGCUGAGCGCUGGCACCAUCGCAAGCAUUUCCGCCAUUGCCAAUAGCAGCGGGAUUGGAAGCAAGCAUUCCGAACCAGUGCUUGACACACUGAGCAGUGUCGAGUUUGCCAAUUUCUUGCGUAGUCUCAACUAUGAAGGUCUGCUUGAGCAUGCCUCGAUCUCGUCCGGCGCGGUCGAAAAAGUGCUGCCUGCGCUGCCAGUGCAGGUACACAUGCUCAGCGGCUGGCAGAAUACGAAUGGCGCGCUCUUCUGGCCAACCUUUAAGUACAAGUUGAAGGGAGCAGUCUCUCGCGAGCGCCUCGCGAACGCAUGGGAGCGGCUCGUGGCCGAGACUGUCAUGCUUCGAACCGAAUUCCUUGCCACAGGUUCGAGCAUCUCGCCAUUCCUUCAAGUCGUUCUUAAACCAAAUGGCGCAAAUGGCGAAGCCCACACUUUUCCCAAUGGCCCUUUGGCAUGCCAAGCAUUUUCGAGUCGGUAUGUCUGCUUCUCGGCCACCGCGCAGGCUGAAGGCGAUGUCUUUGAUAUCUCUCUCCGCAUACACCAUGCUCUGUAUGACGCGUUCUCAAUGCCGACGAUUAUGGGCAGAUUUAAGUCGCUCUGCAGAGACGAGAGCUCCGUCUCGUCUUUCUCGGACUACAAGCUCUGGAGUUCAUUUGCCAAGAUGCAUAUCUCGCCCAUGGUUUCAGAGAAGAAGAAGGCCUUCUGGACGUCAUACCUUCAAGGAAUGGGGCGCCCAACUGGGAUUUUGGCCAACAAAGCGUCAAGCACAGCCGAUCAGACCCAAUUUGACGCCGUGUCAGAGUAUCGCAAAUCUGCCAUGACUGUUUCCGCUCGUCUGGUCUCAAUCAUGGCUACUCGUGGGGUCAUGAUGCAAGAUUUGCUCUUUGCCGCGCAUGCAAAGAGCCUGGCCAAGACUCGUGGCAUAUCCGGAGACGGUGAUAUUGUCAUCGGCAUCUAUCUCUCAAACAGGUCAAACUUCCCCGGCCUUGAUGCGAUGCCCUGUCCAACGUUGGCACUCCUGCCACUGAGAGUCCGCAGCCCCGGUUCACGCCCUGUCUUGGAGCUCGCCAAGGAGAUCAGAAGAGAUAUCGGGGACAUCAGUGGGGUGGAGAGCAUUUCUGCAGGACUUUGGGAGAUUCAAGAGUGGACAGGCGCGGUUGUGGACACGUUCGUCAACUUCCUCCCAGCAAUAGAGGACAGCCGAAAGCCCGACCACAAAUCCGGCGUGAGUCUAGAGCUUGUGCCACAGCUUGAGGAUUCCAUUGCCUCGCAGAAACGCAGCUCAGCCAAGGAGGCCUAUCCUGGCAUGAUGGAGAUUGCGGGUAACCAUAUCAGGAGCAGUUAUCCAGAUGCUCUCGACGUCGAAGCUGCGGUCAGAGACGGCUGCUUGGAUAUCGGCUUGUUCUCCCAACCAGGCAAGCUGUCGCGUGACCAAGCAGUUCACUACAUUGACGAGAUUGUGAAAGUGCUAGGGGAGGUUGAGCUGGAAUAAUCGACAUCCCAUUUUGAUGUAAUUUUCUUUUUUCUUUUAUAGCUCUUUGAUUUCUCUCUUCGCCCGCACGCCUACGGCAUAGCCUUCUUUUUUCUCUAUUUUUUCUUUUUAUCAAGCAUUGGCUCGAUAAUAGAUUGUUAUAGACCAUCCACAAACACAACUCACCGUUCCGUGUUUCCUGUGCGGUUGGAUCCAAAGGAGGAACAAUACGAGAGUGGAUUUGUGUGU